UUUCUUUUGUUCAGAACUCUAGAAAUACAAGGUGUUCAGGUCUUGAACACUUUCGCUAGGCUGUACUCUCUUAUACCAAUUCUCAUUCAUCAUCCAUCACAACGAAUGAAGCGAAGCCAGUAUUCACCUUCGCUGACAACAAUACUGGCUGUCAUGGACACGCUCAACAAGACGCCAGAGCAGGAUUCACAAUUUCGAUACUUCCCAAUGCUCGCUGCUGAGCUCAGAAAUCAGAUAUGGGAGCUGAGUCUACCCGUCACAACCAACCCCGGAUUAUCACCCUACAAGCCUGGAUGUUGGAUUGCCUCUGGCACAGCUGUGCCUGGCCUGGCGAUCGAAUUCGCUCAUGAUAGACUACGCCCUAUUCUCUUUCAAUUGCCAAUGGCUCAUGUCAAUCACGAGGCUCGUAGUAUUGCUUUGACCUUUGCCCGGCAGCAAGGCCUCAAGCUGUACAGACACGGUGAACGCGGCCCCAUUUAUACAAGACACUUCGAUCCAAAGAAGGAUGCCAUGUUCAUAGGAGAGGAUCAACUCGUUACCGUCCUAGUAGAUUUCGAUAACCGCCUUUCGGAGCCUGACCUAAUCCGUCGCACAGUGGAGACAGUCUCAUUCGUCGAGAAAAUUGCUAUCCCCAAGUCAUGUAUCCAGAGCAUGCUGCCAAAAAUGCCAGCUGUGAUGGAGCUAUUCUAUUAUACACGUACUUUGCUUACAGUUGUGGGAUCGACGCCCCCGGAUCACGCAAACCUGACACAGUGGGAGUUCUUCGGUGUGCCGGGUGCCAUUUGUAGAUGGUCUCAUACUUGGAGGCGCUUCGAGUGGAGCAGUGAUGAUGGUCGAUUGGAUUGUGUGAUUUCCCGGUGGGAGAUCCCCGUAGGCGCUUUGGAAGAGUUCUCUAGUAACAAUACUGGUGUGUUGGAGAUACGCCCGGUUAGGGCUGUCAGAAACACAGUGUAA